GGAGCCGCACGGGAACACUGCGUACGGUACCGGCCGCCAUUGAAGCUGCGUGUGCGAAGGACACACUGCGGCCUGUAAAAUUUUGCUGGCUUAAAAAGAAAUAGACAGUUCCCAGGUCCUGAUCUGCUCUUCCCAACCGCAGAGAAGCCAUGGGAGCCUGCUGCAUCCAGUAUUCACUGCUCAUCUUUCUUCUAGUACCCUUGCAUUGGACUCUGGCCCAAAAUACCUACUGUGAGGUGAGUCGAACUCUGAGUUUGGAAGACGAUCCAGGCCGUACCUUUAACUGGACUUCAAAGGCUGAGAGGUGCAAUCCUGGAGAAUUUUGCCAAGAAACGGUACUGUUAAUUAAAGCAGAAGGAACCAAGACCGUCAUUUUGGCCAGUAAGAGCUGUGUCCCUCAAGGAGUAGAGACAAUGACUUUCAUCCAGUACACUGCACCUCCUGGACUAGUGGCCAUCUCUUAUAGUAACUACUGCAAUGACUCCCUCUGUAACAACAAAGACAACCUAGCUUCAGUCUGGAAAGUACCAGAGACCACAGCAACUUCCAACAUGUCAGGAACCCGCCACUGCCCAACUUGUGUGGCCCUGGGGUCCUGUUCCAGUGCCCCCUCUAUGCCCUGUGCCAAUGGCACAACUCAGUGCUAUCAAGGAAGACUUGAAUUCUCUGGAGGAGGCAUGGACUCCAUCGUGCAUGUUAAAGGCUGCACCACUACGAUCGGCUGUAGACUGAUGGCUAAGAUAGUCUCAGUGGGACCCAUGACAGUGAAAGAGACCUGUAAUUACCAGUCAUUCCUACAGCCCCGAAAGGCAGAAGUUGGGGCCUCCUGGAUGCCCACCUCACUGUGGGUGCUGGAGCUUCUGCUUCCAGCACUGCUGCUCCCCCUCAUCCACUUCCCUUGAGAGGACACUGGGACUUUGGCUAGGAGGGAGCCUUCUGUCUGCUGAUACCAAUUGGAAGAAAUGGGGGUGGGCUGAAGAACAGAGAAAGAGAAUGCAUGUGUAUUUGACACAAAUAAUAAAACUAGUGAUUUGCUAUU